CGCCGCGGGGGUCCCGCUCCUCCGCCCGCCAUGUCCCGGCUGCUGCCGCUGCUGGGGAGCCGGACCGCGCGCAGCCUGAGGCCGGGCCCGGCCGCCGCGCCCCGCCCGCCGUCCUGGUGCUGCUGCGGGCGGGGACCGCUGGCGCUCGCCACCCCCGGCGGCCCCCGGCGGCUGGGCACCCACCCCAAGAAGGAGCCCAUGGAGGCGCUGAACACGGCGCAAGGCGCGCGCGACUUCAUCUACAGCCUGCACUCCACCGAGCGGAGCUGCCUGCUUAAGGAGCUCCACCGCUUCGAGUCCAUUGCCAUCGCCCAAGAAAAAUUGGAAGCUCUUCCACCCACCCCAGGACAGCUGAGAUAUGUAUUCAUCCACAAUGGCGAUACCUUUCGUAACGGGUUUGGCUUUUUGGAUAAUGCAAUUAUGAAUUGUGCUGGAACCCAUAUCGAGUUGUCUAUUGGAAUUAUUUUGGGAAUUUCAACAAUGGCAGCUGCUGCUUUGGGAAAUCUUGUGUCAGAUUUAGCUGGACUUGGACUUGCAGGUUAUGUUGAAGCUUUGGCUUCCAGGUUAGGCCUCUCAAUUCCUGAUCUUACACCGAAGCAAGUUGACAUGUGGCAAACACGUGUUAGUACACAUUUGGGCAAAGCUGUUGGGGUGACGAUCGGCUGCAUUCUAGGAAUGUUUCCUUUGCUUUUCUUUGGAGGAGGUGAAGAAGAUGAAAAACUGGAAAAGAAAAAUUAAUUCUCUUAGAAAACCUAUAAAAAGAUGUAAACUAAUGUACCUCAGUUAUUAAAUAUGCUGUCUCAACAUUAGGAAUUAAGACAGUAACAGCGUAUAGAUGUGGGAUCAAAUAAUGGAGCACAUAUUCUGGGAAACACUAACUUAUUGUGGCUUGGUCUUCUGAUGACAUCUUUUUAAAAAACUGGUAUCAUUUUGUGUAAACUGUUGAGAUGCUUUUUUGUCAAUGGCAGUCGACAUUUUAUCUCUCCUUCUCUUUCUUUAUGUAUCAGAGUAUUAUUUAAGUUUCGCUUACUGAUGUACUGUACUGACUUGGGGUUUGCUUAUGUAACUUAACCAUGUGCACAUGCAUGAGGACAUUUGUGUUGUCGUCGUCGUCAUUGUUCUCUGAUGCUUACAAUCCAACCGUGGGGUUUUCCAACUUAUUUAAGAUGUUCAAUAUCAGUUAAAGAUUUUUUUACUCCCUUUUUGGCAACAUCAAUUUUGUACUGUUUCACAGUAAAUAUUUAAAAUCAUGUAAUUUCAGUUAUUUUCUUAACGCUUACAGCUCUUCAAAAUUGGUACAUAUUUGAAAUAUUUUAUGUGUAUGUUACUCAUUUUAAUUUGCUGACCAUGCUGUCUUAAGAACCAGAGAUUAAUCAGAAAGAGCAAUUAUGUGGUCUUCCCCUUACAUAAAACCAUAUAUGCUAACAAGUGUACUUAUUUCUAGUUGAUUUUUUUGCCUUUAAUUUCCCAUUUUUGAAUAAUUACAUUAUUGGUUUUGACUCCUGAAGGGAAGAAAAUGAUUUUUUACAGUCUUUAAAAAAUAGGGAUUGUGGAAUUAGUGUAAACUAAGGAAUUUGAUGUGAAAGUUGUAUAUUAGGCUAAAAAGGUUAGGUACGGUGGUUCACACCUGUAAUCCUAGGUGCUUAGGAGAUGUAGAUUUGGAGAUUGUGAGGAUAGGUUUGAGGCUGGCCCAGGCCAAAAAAAAAAAAAAAAAAAA